AUCCGUCAUUCGAAUGAAUGCGUUUUUUACGGAAAUGCUCUCCCUGCCGUGAGGACCACAUCAUAAUACAUGCCUAACUAUAAUACAUAAUUUAAUUUCUGCCAUUUGUACUUCGUGAAAGUUCCAUUCAACAAUAAAUCCAAUCAAGCACGAGACUUAAGUGAGCAUCGACUUCACAUUUGGAGAAAUGAGGCGCCUUUGUGCUUCCAAAACACACCAGCUGAUCAGGUUGAUUCAUCCCGUCAGUCCGGUGCCACCAGUCCGCUGGCCAGUAGGGAGCACCAGACUAUGGAGCUCCUCAUCUUCUCGCUCGGAGGAUGACGCGAGCGGAUCCACCAUGCUGCGACACUUGACAUCCAAAAUCAAAUCCACCGGGCCCAUUUCCGUGGCCGAAUACAUGAGGGAAGCGCUCACCAACCCCGUCAUGGGAUAUUAUGUGAAGAAGAACAUGCUGGGAGCUGAUGGAGACUUCAUCACAUCGCCGGAGAUUAGUCAGAUCUUUGGCGAGCUGCUGGGCGUGUGGGUGGUCAGCGAGUGGAUAGCGGCGGGUCGCCCCAAACAGCUCCAGCUGGUGGAACUAGGACCCGGGAAAGGAUCUUUGGCCAGCGACGUUCUCCGGGUUUUUGCUCAGCUUCAACCAGUGCUGAGCACGGCUUCGGUGUCGCUGCACUUGGUGGAGGUGAGCCCGGUUCUGAGUCGUCUGCAGGCGCAGACUCUGGUCGGGACCGUCGACGACAAAGCGCGGGAGGGCCGCCCCGUUUACAGACACGGCCGAACCGCUGCUGGCCUACCCGUGUCCUGGUACCGCCGCUUGGAGGACGUCCCGCCCGGUUUCAGCGUGUUUCUGGCUCACGAGUUCUUUGACGCGCUGCCCAUACACAAGUUCCAGCGGACAGAGCGAGGCUGGCGUGAGGUCAUGGUGGACGUGGACCCCGAGCGGCAGGGCCGGCUGAGGUUCGUUCUGGCGCCGUCGCCCACCAUGGCCUCCAACACCCUGGUGCAGGCUGAUGAAAGUCGGAACCACGUGGAGGUGUGCGCCGAGGGCGGCGUCAUCAUCCAGCAGCUGGCGCGACGGGUCUCCGAGCACGGCGGCGCGGCGCUGAUCGCCGACUACGGUCACGACGGCACCAAGACGGACACCUUCCGGGGGUUCAAAGGUCACAGUCUCCACCACGUCCUGGCAUCUCCCGGCUGCGCCGACCUCACGGCGGACGUGGAUUUUAGCUACGUGCGGCGCGUGGCGGGGAAGGGCGUGGCCUGCUUGGGACCGCUGUCUCAGAAGAACUUCCUGAAGAACAUGGGGAUCGACGUACGCAUGGAGGUCCUGCUGAAGAACAGCGACCAGUCCACCAGGGAGCAGCUGCUAAGCAGCUACGAGGCACUGACGGACGGCGCCAAGAUGGGCGAGCGCUUCCUCUUCUUCGGCUUGCUGCACCCGAGUCGCCUGGCCCGGCCCAAGAUGGCCACCGGGCUCAAGCUGGAAAAGAGGUCUCCGGCGCCGCCGCCUGUCGCCGGCUUCACUGAGCUCCAAUUUGCCUGACAGCCAAAUGGAGCCUGAAGAAAGAUCAGAUGAUCGCUACUGGAAGUCAGGGAAGAUAAAGACAAACAUUGGACUGGUCGCCAUGCGGUCAGUGAACACUGUGCCUUUUUUGUCUGAGUGCAAAAGUUUUAAUUCCCAAAUCGCAUUUCAAAUGCUGCUUAUGUUGAAUCUAUGUUUGGAUUCUGAAGCGCUGUCCUUGGAUUCCAAACGACUAGGGCUCCUCCUGGUGGCCAGCAAAUCCCUCCCAACGUGCAUCGUCGCUCUGGUGCGUGAUGUAGCGGUCGCCGUGCCGCGUCUCCAAAUCCCGAAGGUCUUUCCACGUGUCGUAGUCCUGUAGAACCGGACGCUAGUCUGACUUGGUCCGGAUUUUGUUUUGGCCUUUCCACUUGCUUACCUGCAGCCAGGGGUGACUGAGGGACUUGUCCACGCUGUAGCGCUUCCUCAGCUUUACCUGCAGCAGGUUGUUGAUCAAGUCCGUCGCUAUGGAAACAAGACUAGCAUCACUGGCUGAGCAAAUUAUUAUUAUUUUUUCUUCAUUUGAUUUACUUAAAUAAAUAAUUGUUUGCUUUUCCAUUCA